AUGUGGAGAUCAAAGGCGAGAAAUCUUCUGCUCCUUUCAUCGAUCCGGCGUUUCCCACGUCAAAGCCAGGUUCAUCUCAAAUCCUUUAACCAAGGUCCUUCGCCGUCGCUGAAAUCCUCUGAAUGGCCUCCUCCUCCCGUCGGGGUCCGCCCUCGGCACUGCCGCCUCUUCUCCGCUGAUUCCGUCACUGGAGGUGUUGGAUCUAGUGGAGAGGGUUCUUCUGAAGAAGAUGAUCAUUCGGAGGACGAUUCAGUUUCUGAGGGAUCGGAGUUCAGGUCGACGGAUGUGCUGGAGAGGAAGCAGAAAGAGGAUGGUGUCUUCUGUGAUAAUAUAGAUGCCGUUUUUGGAGAAUCUGUUGGUCCCUUGUCUGGUUCUGACGACGAAGUGAAAGGUCAGAUCGGCGGCGAGGAGAGUGAGGCUUCUGAGUGGAAAGAAGACGGCGGGCCUGAUGAAGACACGCCAGAGGAAGCAUCAAACGUUUUAGAGAUCGAUGUAGAAAAACUCGAGAAUCUUCUGUCGUUCUUACAGAGUACCACGGAAGAGCCACUGGGGUUGACAUUUGACAAAAUGGAUCUGACUUUGAGUGAGGAGUUUGUUGCUAGGGUACUUCAAACCCCUCUUACCAUAGCAGAGAAAUUGAUCGGGUUCUUCAGGUGGGCUUCGGAGAGGCCCGAAUAUGCAGUGAGUUCAAAUUCCCUCGAUCUCCUCGUUCGAGCAAUUGCCACCUCUCCAGAAUGUAACAAGAAUGAGGCAUACAUGCUGUGGGACCUAAUUAAGGAGAUUGGUGAGAAAGAUAAACAGUUACUUACGACUGAGAUCCUCAACCAGUUAAUAUCUUUGUUUGGCAUCCUGGAAAAAGCCAAGGCUGGUCUCGAGGUUUUCAAUCGGUUCGAGGAGUUUGGAUGUAAGACGAAUGGUGACUCUUAUUACUUGACCAUUCAUGCUCUCAGCAAGAGGCGUAUGCUCGACACUGCAUGGUCCGUCUGUGAGAAGAUGCUCAAUUCAGGAGAAUUGCCCGAUGCUGAGAAAAUUGGUAAAGUCAUUGCGUUCCUUUGCAAGGGAAAGAGGGCGAAAGAUGCCUAUCUUAUUUAUCUAGAGGCAAAAGAGAAAGGCAAAUGCCCACCGGGUUCUUAUGUUGACUUCCUCGUGGGUGGCCUUGCAAGAAAUGAUGAUUCAGUCCACACAGCCUUGGAAUUACUCAAGGACUAUUCAGGAGAAUCACGAAAGUAUGCUAUAAAGCCCUUCACCUCAGUGAUUACCGGUCUAUGUAGGAUUAAGGAUGUGCAGGAGGCAAAGAAUCUUAUAAGCAGGAUGAUCGAUUCUGGGCCACCACCAGGGAAUGCAGUUUUCAAUCAUGUCAUUGGCAACCUAUCGAAGGCCGGAGAGAUGGAUGAUGCUGUAUCUCUACUGAGACAAAUGGAGGGUAGAGGUCUCCGACCUGACAUCUACACCUACAGUGUUGUUAUGAGUGGGUUUGCAAAGGGUGGCAUGAUGGACGAGGCCCGUAAGAUUUUUAAUGAGGCCAAGGCAAGGCAUCCCAAUCUGAUUUCCACAACAUACCAUAUACUAAUUCGGGGUUAUUGCAAGAUGGAGGAGUUCGGAACUGCUCUUGAAUGCAUGAGAGAGAUGAAGAACGAUGGACUACAACCGAAUGCUGAUGAGUAUAAUAAAAUGGUGCAGUCCCUGUGUCUCAAAGCUCUGGACUGGCGUGCAGCAGAGAAGCUUCUGGAGGAGGUGAAGGAAACUGGGUUGCAUCUGAAUCCCAUGACCCAAAGUCUGAUAUCAGCCAUCAAGGAAUUGGAACAGGAGGAACUGAAAUCUGCAGUCGCGACUUAA